AACUGUUCUGAACAGUUCAAGGUUUCACUAUUAGGUGGCUCUCCAUUUUCUAUUUCUUUUGAUGUCAUAGCUUUACAAAGCUGGAUUUUUCUUAGUUGCUAUGAUUAUUUUUUUUUAAGAUUUUAUUUAUUUAUUCAUGAGUGACAGAGAAAGAGAGAGAGAGGCGGAGACACAGGCAGAAGGAGAAGCAGGGAGCCCAACGUGGGACUCUAUUCUGGGACUCAAGGAUCAUGCCUUGGACCAAAGGCAGGCACUAAACCACUGAGCCACCCAGGGAUCCCCCAGUUGCUAUGAUUAAAAGAAGUACCACCGAAAAACAAAAAUCAGUGUGGAGCAGGAAAUGAGGAUGGUCGUGUCAAAUUCCAAGGUUUGAGAAGUUAUGUAUAACCCAACAGGUACAUACAUCCCAUUAGUAAGAAAAGGUGGUUGUUUAAAAAUGAAAUAAUUAGCGGUACCUGGCUGGCUUGAUCAGUAAAGUGUGCGACUCUUGAUCUUGGGGUUGUGGGUUCAAGCCCUACAUUGGAUAUAAGAUUACUUGAGAAAAUAAAAUCUUUAAAAACAUGAAAUAAUUAUUUUUCCCUUUAAUUUAUAUGUUUUGUUUUUGUUUUUUCAAAUCCAUGCUAAGUUGUUAGGACAUAAGCCUUUAAAGUUGUUUGGACCCACUACUUAAAUAGAAUUGUUAGGUAUUUGGGAACCACCAUCUUCCAGUAAUUCGCCAAAAUGACCAACACAAAGGGAAAGAGGAGAGGUACCCGCUAUAUGUUCUCUAGGCCUUUUAGAAAACAUGGAGUUGUUCCUUUGGCCACAUACAUGCAAAUCUAUAAGAAAGAUGAUAUUGUGGACAUCAAGGGAAUGGGCACUGUUCAAAAAGGAAUGCCCCACAAAUGUUACCAUGGCAAAACUGGAAGAGUCUACAGUGUUACUCAGCAUGCUGUUGGCAUUGUUGUAAACAAACAAGUUAAGGGCAAGAUCCUUGCCGAGAGAAUUAAUGUCCGCAUUGAGCAUAUUAAACACUCAAAGAGCCGAGAUAGCUUCCUGAAGCAUGUGAAGGAAAAUGAUCAGAAAAAAAAGGAAGCCAAAGAGAAAGGUACUUGGGUCCAACUGAAGCGCCAGCCUGCCCCACUCAAAGAAGCACACUUUGUGAGAACCAAUGGAAUGGAGCCUGAACUGCUGGAACCCAUUCCCUAUGAAUUCAUGGCAUGAUAACUGUAAAGAAAAUAAAAGACCUCAGGAUUGUAAAAAAAAAAAAAAA